GAUCAAACUAUCAACUCAAAAACAUGGUGGCAUUUCAGUAAAAGGGUGUACAUUUCGACUAGUCAUUAAAAAUUUAGGAAGCUUAUUUAGCAAGAGUGUUUGAUACAAAUUGUAAACACCAUACCAAUAAGCUUCAUACAAAAUUAAGGAUGACGUCUGAAGAAUGCCAGAUUUCCGAGGAACUGAAGGGAUGUUACGAGAAUCUUAUUGUAAUCGACAUUGGCGCAAACUUGACGAACAAGAAAUAUGGCCGUGAUCUGGAUUCAGUAGUGCAAAGGGCAAAAGAUGCAGGUGUCCAAAAGAUAAUGGUCACAGGCACAUCAGUGAGGAGCAGCAAGGAAGCACUUAGGUUAACUCGACUCUACCCCAGCACAAUAUAUUCGACAGCAGGUGUACACCCGCAUGACGCCAAAUCUAUGGUGGACGAAGAACUCUGGUCCGAGUUACAAGCGACAGCGGCGGCGCCCGAGUGCGUGGCGGUCGGCGAGUGCGGUCUCAACUAUAGCAAGGACUUCAGUGAGCCGCGCGUGCAACGGGACGCGUUUAAGCGGCAGGUAGAAAUCGCGUGCGAACUGCGAAAACCGCUCUUCGUGCACGAAAAAGAGGCCCAAGACGACCUUAUCGCAAUCCUGGACGAAUUUGCCAAUAAACUACCGCCUGUAGUGAUACACUCGUUCACGGGAACAGUCGAACAGGGCAUCAGAUAUAUAGAGAAGGGCUUCUAUUUGGGCAUUACGGGAUAUAUUUGUAAGGACAAGUCCGAUGGAGGCAUUAGGAGGCUAUUAUCAGAGAGGAUUCUGCCGCUAGAUAAGCUAUUGGUCGAGACUGAUUCCCCGUUCAUGUAUCCGAAUAUGAGGGCCUCGAAACUGCCGCUGCACGUCAAGGAUUCGCUCACUGAGAGAUCGAUGAACUUCGUGAACCGCUACUGUACGUUCCAACGCAACGAGCCUUGCGCGUUACCAGCUAUAGUGGAACUUGUGGCUGGCUUCCGCGGUGAGAAACCGGAGGAUGUUGCACUUGCCACUGCUUUCAAUGCGCUCAAGCUCUUUGGGUUGAGUCAGUAGGGGGUAAACUGCUAAAAGGGGGGAGUUGAGAUUGGGUGUAACUUGCUGGUAAAGAGAGGGAAGCUGGCUUCACUCGGUGAUGUACUAGCUGGGAAAAGGGGAGAUUUACUUGCUGCGAAAAGGGGAGAUGCUAGAAAUGAGAGGAGUGUGUUAACUGCCGGUAAAGAAGGGGUAUAUGACUGGCUUGAUUCUUGUAACUGUGUAUGUAAUAUGAAAGUAAGGGCCUAGUGAUCCUUGAAACUUUUGAGCUCACGGGUCAAGGGUAUGACGCUGAAAACGUGGUGUUACUUGACUCACAAUCGCAAUGAAAAAUUGUCCGAAGCAAAACUCUGCCUAUGUUUUAGGCAGAGUUUUCAAAUGAACGAUACAGUAGAUUUUGAACAUUACUGCCAAGAAAUAAGGUGGUAAUUUCAAUGAAAGUUUUAUACAACGCGUCUGGGACAUUUAUUGACGAUCUUUUAACAGGUGAUUGUGAGUCUAGUUGUGUAUUUACGUACGUACACGUUACGUCCAUUUAUGUUCUGACAACAAUAGAAAUAAUACAUUAAAUGACUUAUGCCAUAAUCAUAAUCCUUUAUAGAUUAUAGCCAAUUCAAUUUAAAAGUGGUCAAGCCAGUCACGACAGUCAAGUAACUCCUCUAAGAAGUCCUCCUUGUAGAACAAAUUGACAGAAAUGCUACACAAUAUAUUAUCUGGUAUUCGAGGUGCAGUCUAUCCUUUCACUAGGUGCGUACAUACAGAUAGAAAAAAUUGUCUUAUGUAAGAUGUGCAGAAACAGACGCUGAGUCUGCAGAUGCAAACAUACAAACAGACAAAGAAGUUAAGUGGCAAGCUAUUAAUUGAUAAAUGUGAAGUUAUUGCGUAUUCUAAAAGGACAGGGUAAUGAACUGAUUUUAAAGUUAGAAGCUUAGAUUUCAAUUUUCUUGUCAUUUUUAGUAGGAGAUCAAAAAACAUCUUAUUUCUAUGAAAUAAAAUGCUCUUUUAGAUUUGGAUUGUGUUCAUUUAUCAAUUACUAGCUAUGCUACCACGCGCCGAAAUCUUAAACAUUUUGUCUCGACUUAUUCCGAACUGAGGAUGUGUUUAGAAUAAUAAUGACUAUUUUUUUAAGAUUAUUUUCUUCAGGGACUUAAAUUGUAUAGUCCUUCAUAUAAAAAUAACAUGUGUUCUAUAUCUUUUAUAGAUCAACUCGGUAACAUAAAGUUUUCGAGUUAAUUUAUUACAAAAUAACGUAAAUUUUAAACACAUAAAAAUAUAUACCAUUGGUAUAUAUUGAAGUGGUUUUUGAUGACUAACCUACAAAAUGUCUAUUUACAAAAAAAAAUAUGGCAUUAUUAUCCUAAACACGUAUCUUCUAAUAAUGAUUUUCAUGUAUUCGAAUGAUUUAUAUCAUUCGAAAUAUUUUAAUACUCAUGUAUAAUGGUAUCAAUUUACCAUAAUAUUAAAAUAAAUCAGAUAUUUUGCUAUUUACCUUGAAAUAUAUAAAUAAUUAUUUAUCUACGUGUUUAUAACGAAUUAUUGUGCCUUUAAAGAUUGUAAUAAGAUGAUAAUUAGAAAAAUAUAAAAAAAAUGACAAAAAUAUUUAUAGAAAUGAUGUUACCUAUUAUUAGAGAUUUAAUUGUUAGGUAAUUUAUUAUGUGAAAUAAUUCUUCAGACGUCUACGAUUUUAUAAUUAAUUAUUGACGAAAUGUUUUUUAAAUCGAAAAUUUAAUUUGAAUUGGGGAAAUAUACGGUAAGAUAAAAUUCUAAAUUACCCUGUUCCAUAAUGAAAUAUUGUGGUGCUAAUUUUUAAAUGAUCAAUUAUAUUUCAUAUAGUGUUUAUGAAAAAUUUGGCAGCUAAGUAUUUUUCCCCAUUUCAAAUUUAAAAAUGGCAUAAUGAGGCUAAAUACUAACAAAUUAUCCACCAUUCUUGCCAUCUUUAAAAAUACGAGAUUUGCCUCUCUAUAUAUGUAAGCAAUGUUAGAGUAAGAUUGACUACAAUUUGGUUUUGCAAAAUCAAAGGUUUGAGUGUACCUGAACACUUCAAGCUUAUGCCAUUGUAUGAACUGCAUAAUAUUACGUUAUUUAGUAUCGUUCAGAUACAUAGCUUUCGUUUAUUUUUGAUUAGCUUUUUUCGUUUUGUAUUGUCUAUGGUGCACGUGCUUUUUUAUUUAUAAAUAUGGUGGCAAUGGCAAUAGUCACAAUGAUCUCAUUUUGACAGUUCUCAAGUGUAAGGACAGAUUAAAAAUCACAAUGGCUUGUAAAUUUGUACAAGUAUGUAUAAAUAAUUUAUUGUAGUGGCCAUUUUUUAGUCUGUGCUUAUGGUUGUGUGGUUUUUGACAGAUUCUGCUAGAUAAUGUGUGACUCGAUUUUUAUUUACGUCGUUAUUUAUUUGCACUCUUUAAGCCUGCAGCCAUAUCUCGACAUAACUAAGCUGUAGCCACUGUAUUUGCCGCACGGUGUUAGGUGUUAAUGUUAUAGCUCUGCGCAGAGCAUUCCUAUUCGAAUUUUAAUUAUACUUUCAUCGAAUAUUGUAAAUAGCUAUUAUUAAUAUAAAUAUUGUUAUUUAAUGCUGGUAGUCACAACGAAAUCAAAGACUGCAAGUAUUGCUGUGGGAUUUGACUUUAAUGUUUAUCAAGUAUUGUUAAUUAUUUUUUGACAAUCACUUUGAUUAGUUCUAAGUUCUAGGGGUCAAUUAUUUAUACUAAAGUGUACUGAAUGUAUGUGUACGUAAACUAAUGUAGGUGUUAGUUGUUACGAUCCCUCGGACGAAUGUACUGUAGUGCCUUCGACAUAACGUCCUUUUGUGAUACAAUAUUUUUUCAUAGAUUGUACAGAUUAUUUCUUGCAAUAAAAUGUAAAAGAA